GAACUCUCUCUGUUCUGGUACUUUCUUUGGGGUGUCUCUCUAACAAUGGGGAAAGUGAGGUUGGUUUUUGCUGUAUUGGUGAUCUGUGCUAUUGCCGGAGUAGAAUCCGCAAAUACACCAGCGCCGGCCGUCGACUGUACGACCGUUGUACUGAAUAUGGCAGAUUGUCUCUCAUAUGUGAGUAAUGGAAGCACAGAAACGAAGCCGCAGGGAACUUGUUGUUCUGGGUUGAAGACGGUUUUGAAGAUUAAUGCCGAGUGUCUCUGUGAAGCUUUCAAGAACAGUGCUCAAUUUGGAAUUGCACUCAACAUGACUAAAGCUCUCAAUCUUCCUUCUGCUUGUGGGGUUUCUACUCCUCCCAUCAGCAAAUGUGGAGGUAGGUUGCCUUGAU